GUGGAUUGUCUCUCUAGUCUGCAGCUUUCUAUCUCUCUUUGCAUUGGCAGCCACCUUUGUCACCUACUGCGUGUUACCAGACCUGAGAAACAUGGCCGGCCUGUACACGAUGAACCUCGUGGUGGCGCUCUUUGUUGCCAUCCUUCUGCUAAAUUUGGAGGGAUUUCUCGAUUUGGGAAAACAGGCCUGCAUAGCGAGCGCCUCGCUGAUUCACCUGUCCUGGUUGGCUGCGUUCUUCUGGAUGGCGACGUUGUCUUUCAAUGUGGCUAAAACCUUUGUUGGUACGGCUUUUCAUAGGGGAACAGGGAACAGCUAUCGGAAGUUGCUGGCAGUCAUGGGGUUAGUUUGGGGUGGUGCGUUGCUCAUCGUAUCCACCUGCCUGGUCCUGAGUGUCUGCAGGUGUACCAGUCUCCCGGCCAUCUACAGUGAGGCAUCACCGUGUUUGAUUGCCAGUGGAAACGUCCUGCUCGUCGUCUUUGGCGGUCCUGUGGCAAUCUCUCUGCUCUUCAGCAUCACUUGCUUUGCCUUGAUUGUCAACAGUGUGAGGAAGGCCAAGAGCGAUAGCAAGAUGGUACAGAACAAAGGACAAAUAAAGGAGAUGCUGAAUGAGGCAAAGAUUUAUGCAAAGCUUGCCUUUAUUUUCGGGCUCACGUGGGUUAUUGCCUUUGCCGCCGAAGCGGUGAACCACGUGAUCUUGAACUACAUCAACGUCAUUCUCAACACUUCGCAGGGGGUCUUCAUCUUCCUGGCCUUUGCCAUAAACCAACGCACGAGGGCGCUGUGGCGGAAGAGGCUUCCUUGUUUUGCGAAGACCAAGACUGGAUCUUCGUUGGGAUCCGGAUCCAGCUUCCAGACAUCGAAAAAAUGUACCGUUACAGAAAUGGACGGUGCCUCACGAAAAGCCACAGCAUCCCCCGAAACCAAGAUGUAGAAUUCUAGAACCAAAAGUCCAACUAUAGGCCUACAGUUGAAUUCGAGUGAUUAGAGUUCUCACGCAUGGACCAUACUAUAUAAAUAUUUUCCCCAAUAAAAUUACUUCAAACACUACGUAGCCUCUUUGAUUAUUUUUUUUCAGUAAACAUAAUGGGCAAUGCCGUUAAUUCGGUCGUACAUAAUUUUAUAGGACACUUUAAACGUCGGCUUUUGCCUGAAAAGUGAAAGUGACACAUCACUUGUGACUAAUGAGCAGAAAAUAAACUAGGAUACCAUCACCUUAACGGCUUGGUACCUCAAGUGCUCAGACGCACGCAGAGAAUUGGAUUCUACCAUAUAUUUUUAUUUUACCCUUAUGUAAAUCUUAAUCAUCUGUAUGAUAAUCUACGUCUUUAGUGUUCACAUUUCAGCAGUUCAAUUGUUUCGCACCGGGUAUAAAUUGUUUUAUUUCACUUUAAAGAUCAUUAAAUUAGCUAUGGUUUUAAAAUAAAAAAUGUACAUGUAAAUAAACAAUAGUUAAAAAGGUUUUGAAUUUUAAGGAUAACAGCCACAGGCGCGGUUCUACGGGGG